AUGCUGAGUUAUGGACAAGCCCCCAGCCUGAUGGGACGGCCGAACAUCUACGAUGUGUCUUGGUUUUGGAGUACGGUACUACUAAUGGUUCUCUUCUGCGAUGUAGAGGUGAACGGCCAGCUUCUGCCUCAAUCUCUUGGUCGACCUGCUACGAAUAAGAAAACAUUCGAAAAUGGUGUAGGUCAGUGCCUUACGGAUCUAACUACGUUAUAUGAAUCUAGUACCGUGAAAUAUGAAAGGCCUACAGUUCCAAUGCGAUCAGGGCCUCCGAAAGAAAGCUCACUC